GAUCACAUCCAUGCAGCCCAACGUUCGGUUGACUCCCAGCAACAAAACGCAAUAUAAUAAAUAAAUAAAUAAAUAAAUUUCCAUGAAAAUACACUCUUUCUUUUUGUUUUUUUGCUCCUCAACCUCUUCCACUUGUUCUUUCAUUUUCUUCUCUGUUUUUCUCCAAUUCAAAAAGCCUUAAAACCUUGAUCUUCCAUGACCCAUUUCCUAUCUCAACCCGACCCGUUCUGGGUCUGAUCCCAUUUCUCCAUCCUCUUCAACGGGAAAAAGAAGAACCCAGAUGAAGUGUUCAAGCAAAAACUGAAAAGAACUAAAAAGGAGAGUGAAAAAAGAGAAAAUUUUUGUCUUUUGAGGGAGUGAAAUAGAGGAGAGAAAUGUAUAAGAACCAGCUGCAGGAGCUGGCGCAGAGGAGCUGCUUUAAUCUUCCUUCGUACACGUGCAUUAGGGAAGGUCCAGACCACGCGCCGAGGUUCAAAGCCACCGUUAACUUUAACGGCGAAACCUUUGAGAGUCCUCACUAUUGUUCUACUCUCCGUCAAGCCGAACACUCCGCCGCCGAAGUCGCCCUCCAAUCCCUCUCUCAUCGUGGCCCUUCUCACUCUCUCGCCGCCAGAAUCCUAGAUGAGACAGGGGUUUAUAAGAACCUUUUACAGGAAAUUGCACAAAGAGUUGGAGCUCCAUUGCCACAGUAUACAACAUUUAGAUCAGGCCUUGGACACCUACCUGUUUUUACAGGAACAGUUGAAUUGGCUGGAAUCACAUUCACAGGGGAACCCGCUAAGAACAAGAAACAAGCAGAAAAAAAUGCAGCCAUGGCAGCUUGGACAUCUCUAAAACAAUUGGCGAAAGAGACUGCAAGUUCUUCCUCAGAGCCGGAGAACAAUGAUGAGCUUGAACAGAUCACAAUAGCUCGGGCAUUGUUGCAUUACCGAAUAAAGGAAAAGAUGGCUGUAGCAAACUCCUCCAAUGCCCCAAUACCAUUUACAAAGAAGUUUCCUAUUCAGAAUCCUAGACCAACAAGUCCACAGCCUCCUACUACCACCUCAAAAAUACUUCCCUUAAUCUGCCCAAAGGUGUUUCCUCGAAACAGAUCUAUGUCGGCAACAGCAAAUGACAAGAACAUACUGCCAUCAUUGCAGGCAACUACACCUGAAAGCCGUGGGACUCGUCUGCAGAGAUUCCCUGCAGCUGGAGCUGCUCCUUAUGUUCCCAUCCGACAAUUUAGGGCACCUUGCCAUGGCAUUGCUCCGCCAGUGACAAUAAGAACUGCAGUGCCUGUUUUUUCUGCACCACCAUGUCCGGCUCCAUCUGCAGUAUCCCCCCAGCCACCAGCAUCCGCAGUUCCUUCUCAUCCAGCAGCACCUGUUGUUCCUGCUCAGCCUCCAAACGCUGCUGUUCCCCCUCAGCAAUCACCAUCCAGACUCCCCACCCAAGUGCUGCGAGCUCCUUCUGUAUGUAUUGCUCCGCCUGUCACCAUUAGGCAAGUGGUUCCAGUAUUUGCUGCUCCACCAGUACGACAAGAAGAUAUUCCAUCUGUUACAAAUAAAGAUGUUCCAACUGUUACUGUUUCUGCCCUGCCUAACAAAUCACCUGCUCAAAUAGAGGAAGCUGCAAGCACAACAGGAAAGAACCUGCAAGAAUUUGAGACAGCCCAGCGUUUAGAGCAACUAUAAAUCUGAUAUGGUAGUGAAGGAGCAAAUUUGAGGCAAUGGGACAAGAGCUAUGGUUUUGUGUUGGUAUCAAGUCUGUUUUGUUAGUUUUUGUGAUCUCAUCAUUUGAGUGUUUUUAUCCUAUCCUUCCUUUUUCUUUACCAUCUUUUUUGUUUUCUUAGAAGCUACAGUUUCUGCAGGUUAAGUUAGAAUCAGUAGUCCCCAUAUCAUUGCUGUUAAAGUUAUACAAUGCUUAGAUUGAUGUUGCAAGGGCAAUUCUUUUAGAAUGCCUAGCCAAACAAAAAGGGUUUUUUUUUUUUUUUUUCAUCUGAAAGGAGUAUCCCCUAGUAGUUUGUAAACUUUCAGGCUUCUUUAUGUUAGAAAAAAUUUUCACUGUUGAAAUAGGAACUGAGAUCUUUACUCACCUAAAUGCAAUGUCUGUCUGUCUGGACUAUAGGCCUUUUUGUUGCUUAGGCCAAGAACAGGACAAA